AUGGGAAUGCAAUUCCCAUCGCCUUUACGAGUCUCCCAUCUCAAACCCAUUUGCCUCGCUGUCUUCCUUAUAACUGCCUUGCUGUACAUUUUCCCCAAACAUGACCUUUCUCAAAGCACUGGCGCAUUACAAGCCUUGAAACCCUCAGUCUCCCACUACAGCGAUGAGUAUCGGCACAACUCGUCCCAUGAGGAGCCGGCCGCUCCACCUCCGUCUUUCGACUUCAUAGACUUGAACAAAUUGGAUACAGCCUUGUUAUCCAAUGCGCACUACAACCCAUACGUCGAGUCCAAUGUAAGCAUACCUGAACCCAUCUUCGGCUCCUAUCACGAAGGUGGACUCGACCGCGAGCAUUGCUUCGACCGUAACGGCCGCCUCGGCCUCUACGGCUAUUCAAGCGCGAAUCCCGCAGGAUGGGCGCAACCAUCUCGAGUCAAUUGGACAGAAGUAGAUUGGGGAACGCUACAGGACCAAUGUGUGGAAGGCAACGCAGACCGCUACGCUCUCGUAGCGACCCCUAUGCGUCACCCACUUAGGAAUGCCACUGCUGAAGACCUAGUCUUUAACUCGACAGAGAACAAGAGCAACGCGAAAAAAGGUUUGUUUGGGAAACCCAAGUCUCGCACUGCGGUCGUGGUGCGCGCGCACCAUAAGAUGAAUUUCAGGAAUGAUACGAUGAUGUUACUACGUUCUCUCAUUGCGGAGCUCUCUCUUCAUUCCGGCGGAGAAUACUCGGUUUUCCUGCUCGUCGAGGUUAAGGAUGAGAGGUCGAUUGAUGAUCCUGAAGUGUAUCAAGAUAUCCUUGAAAAACACAUUCCGCAGGAGCUUCAUAAGAUGACACUUUUGUUCAAAAGGGAAGCGCUGAUGUCUUCCUGGUACCCGAAAAGUACGUUGAAGGUAGAGGGGUUGAAUCAGGCGCUACAGGUCUUUGCGGAGCUGCAUCCAGAGUUUGAUCAUUUUUGGCAGACAGAGCUGGAUGUAAGAUAUACCGGCCAUUGGUACAAUCUCUUGGAGAAUGCGGACUCGUGGGCACGCUCACAGCCUCGGAAACUGCAAUGGGAGCGCGCAAGCAGGUUCUUCGUCCCGCAUAUCCACAAGACCUGGGCAAAUUUCACCGAGCUUGUUGAGGCCAGCACUCCCAAUGGUGGCGUUUGGGGGUCCCCCAAACACAUUGCCGUACCAGGUCCCAUCGGACCUGAGCCUCCCGUCACUAACCCAGCCAAAGACAAAUAUACGUGGGGCGUAGGGGAAGAUGCCGACAUCAUCACUCCCGGUGGGAAGGAUUGGGGCAUUGGAAAGGAAUUCCCAGGCGAUCCGCAACGCUCGCUCGAAGUCCGAGUCUGUGUCCAGCUCGCCAUUGCCCGCUUCUCCAGACGUCUGUUGCGCGUCAUGCACUCGACCCAGUCGCAGGAUGGGGUAUCCAUGACGCCGGAAAUCGGCCCCUUUACCUAUGCGAAGCUUCACGGGCUCAAGAUCGCGCACUUCCCCCUGCCGAAUUACUAUGAUCCCCAGAAUGAUAUGCCGCAAGAUGUGGGGGAGGUCGAACACCUGAUCAAUAAACAGGGUCCGGAAUCCCCCUUGAAGAAUCCGAGGAGUGGCUACUUUGAUAAAUUCAUGCAUCGUUUUACGUAUUGGCUCAAUUACGGGGGUGGACAAGUCCCGCAAGAGUUGUAUCAGAGGUGGAUGGGUGAUAAGAAAUUGGCGGCUGAUGAUCCGAGCUCGGAGAGACUGUGCAUGCCGGGAAUGUUGUUGCAUCCCGUUAAGGAUACGGACGCAGCUUAUGAAUCAGCUACACAAGAGGAGACCCGGCGCGUUACCGUCAUCCCCACGGUCCUCAAGGCCAGAGAAGCUUUCAACAUCGCUCACGAGGACAUCAUUGACCUCGAUGUUGUUCAGUCUGGUCGAACGUACGGAUACGAGUAUGGUUCAAAGAUGCCGCGACCUUAUGUAUCAUCCACAUCACCUACGCACUCCCUGCGUCUUCGAGUACACAAUGCAAUCUCCGCCACCCUCUCGUUAGAUAUAUACUCACUUCUUCUAGUUGCAUUUGGCCCAGAAAGCUACAGCCUUAGCGACUACUUAUCAGCUCCCAACGCAUCCUUUCCAGCAGCGAACAUGACUGAUGCGAAUAGCAUCUUCGUCGAAGAAUGUGGCGAUGAAAUGCGCAUUGUUCACCAAGCAUACAACCUUGCAAGAGCUGCUGUCAAUGUAGCAAAAGCCGAUGUCGUUCGUGGCGCAGACAGCCCUUUUGGCUUCAGUGCUAUGUUCAAAAGCGACAGAUCCAAAUAUCCUGUCUCAUACUAUCUGAACAUGAUAUUUGAUUCAAAAGGGCUGAUCAAUCUAAAACCGCAUAUGGCGCACCCGACCCCACCUCGUCUUGCUUGCGUGCACGAGAACAGUGCAUCUGUGUAUAAAGGCCUUCAAUUAAAAUAUGAUCCUUGGCAACGGUGCAUCCAUCCGUGGCCUGGCCAGAGGUCUCUCCGGAUCUUCUACGCUGUUGACACCGCGUACAUUUUCCUCUGUCCCGAUUUCCAUUAUCAAGCCCCAGCGCCAGCCGGCAAUCAUUGUCCAAUGGUUGAGGAUAACAAGUUCGUAGGAGACGUUGACGUCUUCUAUCGAAAUUACCAGAUGUACACAUUGAUGUACGAGCUCAUUCGCUUCUACCUCCAAAAGAUCGCGCUGGGUUCUGAAAGCCUUCCCAAAGAGACGUUUGACUGGAACGAGUGCGUUGCCUAUGGUGUCGAGUCUUCCGUGAAGAACCCCACGAACAUCCUACUCUACAUAGCGUGUAGGUCGCAUAUCUGCUUCCCCUGCUCCUAUCAUUCCUUUUCGAUAGAUGAAUCCAACGCUGACCGGAUGCUAGUGGCGCAGCAGCAGUGCCUCGCAGCACCCAACCCUUCCCAACCUCCAUGGGUGCUGCAGAGGCGCACAACUACCCUCUCCGCCGUCAACGUGUGGCAGACGCCGGCGCCCGGAUUUCCAGCCAUGGCUUUUUUUUAA